AUGGAGGCCGUCCACGGCAUUGCCUUUGAGACCAGCUCGCCCUACAAUCCUCGUAUUAACGGUUUGGCGGGGGCAGCCGUCAAAUCCAUGAAGUCAUUGCUUCAAAAACACGCAGGCAUUGAUGGCAGCGAAUUUCGUGCGGCACUUCUGGAAUUGCGUGCCACCCCACGUCCUGACGGCUAUGAGCCCGCUCUGGGAACUUUUGGCCACCAUCUACGGACCCGACUUCCCACGGCUAGGUCACUAGAUUUUCAAUUGGAGCAAACCACGGCCUUCAGGGCAGCCCGACAAACAACAGAUGAGCGGCGUGUGCGCAAGGCUGCGGGGACUGCCUUGCCCAAACUGAACGUGGGCUCAAAUGCGAAAUGGCCAUUCCAAGAGACUCCUAGACACUUUGAGCUCUCUGAUUAUGUGCAAGAGAGCCAAGACAGCCACGAAAGGCGAAAGAAAAAGCGAGAAGACACCACCCUCAAGAUCCUCAGACUGAAGCCAACAGCUUUUCCGUCCAAGUUCAAGAACCUACCAAAGUACCUUUCAACCUGCCCUCCGAAAUCACGAUCAGGUCUCUCAACGUCCUCGAAACGAAUUGAAACUCAAUUGGCUAGGCAUGAUGCCGAGGUUGCUUUCUUAUUUUCAUCGGAUCAGAUUUUUUCUCUUGAUGAGAUCAAUAACAAAUGGAGGGAGUGCGAGAACCAAUACCCGGAUACUGCCAUGGUACACAGAUCUUCUGUUAUUCAUUUCAUUGGUCUCAUAGAGGAUGAGAGUGCUCCAUUGAAGCUGUUGUGGUCGGUUUCGGUGAAUGUUUUGUUGGAAGUAACCUUAUCUGUCAAUGGUUCGGAAGAGAACUCUGUGGAAGAAAUUGCGAUCGUUGUUUCAAACAAAUUCAAAGACAGGAAAGUGAACACGUUCACAGACCUCCUGAAUCUUGUAGUUUGGGCCAAGAAUAGAGCUUCGGUUAAGGAUUGUAAGUGUAUUCUUAAACGGUGUGUCAAAGAGCUCCAUGAUUUACUCCCAACGAUGACCGAAGACAAAAGCAAAGAAACUUGCAUUCAUCUGUGAACAAAUAAGGCUUUUGAACUCCAGGUGAUACUCUUCAGAGCUGAUGUCAUUGGCAGCGAUAUGGCAGUUCACCUCACCAGCCCUGUACAAGCCCAUCGUAAGAGAAGGUUGCCUCACACUCCCAGCAUCUGAUACUGUCAAAAGACUCUCUGCUGCAGUCACCAUGGAGACGGGAUUGGCUCAGUCAUCAUUGACCUACUUUGAAGAAAGGAUAAAAAAUCUUGGGGAUCGCGAGA